AAAAAAGGUGUAUUAACAUUACACUUCCCGUAUAGCUGCUUAGGAAGAUCAAUAAAGAUUCCAACACGUUGAAUUCCUGUUUGAGGUCACGAGGUCAGGUCCAAAAAAGCUAUAUAUACCGUACUGCAAAUAUUAGUUAUCUAUCUCGGGUUAUUUCUGUGUGGAUUCACCAAGUCUGAAUACUCAUCUACUGAGGGCGUACAGUGCAAUGAAGCUCUACUUGUUUGCGGUGAUAGUUUUGGUCGGCCAUUUUACUGUCUCUGCUGUAAAGGCCGAUGAAGGUUCUUGGGAAAAGAUAAACACUAGUCCUGUGUGUUUCGGGGCAAAGAAUGACAAUUAUGGAACGUUUAAGCCCACCCGCCAUGGCUUCCUGGCUGCCGUGAAGCUUGUUCACAGAGUGGGCUACGUCGCAAAUGGCCCUGAUCAAACUGUUCGUAGCUAUUGGGGCUCCAACAGAGAGCACCACAAUCUGGACAUUCUUGUGACAAAUACCAGGAACGAAGUCAUCUUCCCUCUAACUGGAGUGCGGUACAUGGGUGUUAGCAACCCUGGUCGGUGGUACGAAAUGGACGCCUUCAACGCCUUGUCCCCCGAGCUCGUUCUACAACACGGGUUUGACAAGGGGUACUACGUCGGCCCCCAGUCAAUACUGCGAGUGUGGUAUGGGGAGGAUCUGUACAACUACACCGAGUCGGAUAACUCGGGCACAGAAUGCGUUGAUGUCUAUGGAUACUUCAUCUGAUUACCGGAUCACCAAGCUACCAUAUAUAAGAACUGAUGAUUAUUAAAUGUGUCAAUCAUUCACUCAUUUUAAAAACUGUCGUUUUCUUGCUUGCUCGGGCUAUUUUCCUUAUCAGGACAUAGUAUAUUUGGGAUUCCACUUCAAUCAUUACUUCGCUUUUUUGUUGCACUAGAACAGUGUACGUCUCGAAUUUUCACACAAACUUGCAGGAAUUCGUGUUUGUUAACUACAUUUUUUGGCAGCCAUUUUGAAAAUAGGCCCAGACCCUAAGGAUUAGAAUAUCACAGAUUUCCCCCGAAACGCCCAGGCCCUUUUAAGACUUUUGUGACUGCGGAGAUUCUUUAUUUUCUGAGAACAAAUUUGAGGCUUUAGGGAUGGGUAGGGCCAUUCAUCCCACAGGUAGCCCAGGCAAUGCAUCUGUUAACCGAUGAGAAAUAACAGUGUUUGUAUGAGCAGAUUGGAGUGAUUUCUAAGCCCGCUAUUUGCCGUGUGUUUUAUUGUGAAUAUCAAUAAAUUAAAUACAAACUUCCAA